AUGAGAUCUCAACAUCUCAAUCCUGGAUGGACUCCAGUUCCACAGUUUGGAGGAUGGGACCAAAAAGGAAUAGACGCAACAGACUACUCGGUUGUGUUUAAAAAAGCUCGUGCUAACAGGAAGCUAAGCAAAGCUGAUGUCACACAUUCUUUGGGAAGUGAACAAGAACUCAUGGCAAGUGCUCGUCAAGAAGAAGAGGUUCUUGACCUACAUCAAUUGUUGUAUCAGGCCAUACUAGGGCCUUUGUUCCAUAAAGUUGCAAUCCGAGUGAUGUAA